UAAAAACAUAACCUCUUCUCAUUCCUCAAUGAGGAUGUUAUUGAUAAUUAUUAUUAAUUAAUAUUUAUAAUGCCAGUUAGUUACGAAUAUAUUGUUUAUAUACAUAACGUUUUAAUAAGUCAUAAGCCCAACUAGUUCAUGAUUAUUCCUGUAUAAUCAAAUUACUGUAAAUUUAUCUAAACUUCGUUGUUUUGCUGUAGGUUUUUAAGUUCGUAAUUUUGUUGGUACUUAAUAAUUACUGUUAAGAUGAAGUUAAUGCAAUUACUUGAUGGCUCCAUCAGUAGUGAAUUUAUUUUAAUCCAUGAUUCCAAGGAAGCAAAAGGUGGACUUCUUAUUAAUGAGUUUGUCAAACAAAAUGUGAGAUUGCAAAAUAAUGUUCAUCUAUUAAGUUUAGAAAAAAAUCCAGUCAUCUUCAAGAAUGUAUCUAAAGCAUCAAAUUUAAAACAUCACUGUUUUAGUGACUACAAUAAAUGGCUCUACAGUAAAAGAUCAGAUCACUCUUCUGAAGAACAUUUAAACCCGAUUGAUGUUCUUAAAGAUAUACAAAAAAAUGUAAAAACAGAAUCAAAAACUGUGAUUGUAAUUGACUCACUAUCAUUGUUAGUGUUAUUGUACCCGGAUGUGUCAUACAAAUCAAUUUGGAACUUGGUAAAUCAACAAGUACUACCAGGGAGGCAGCAACAACAAGUGAUAUGUUUGAUACACACGGAUGUCUUGCCCGGAGGUAAAAAAAACAUUGAAGAUGUUUGAGCUGUUGGCUACAACCAAUCUGAUUGUGUUUCACGACAAGAGCAAGUCAAUAGUAACAACUAGUCAUCGUAAAGCAAGUGGAAGAAUAAUUCAGACUAUUGAAGAGUUUUCUACUGAUAGUGCUACAGGAUUGAUUUCAACAAAAGAAAUAGAACUGUCUAAGGCAAGCAAGAUCCGAAAUGAAAAUGAUAAUAUUGCAAAUAUUGAUAAUGAUGUCACCUUUAAAUUGGGAUUAGAAGAUGAAGAAAAACGAGCCCGUAGUGAACUUGUUUUACCUUAUCUUAAAACCGCAAAACCAGGCUCUGGAGAGAUUGUUUAUGAACCUGAUGCCAAUGAUGAUUGGGACGAAGAAGACCCGGAUGAUGAUCUAAAUAUAUAAAUACGAACAAAUAAUAA